CUACACUGAAGGAAAUCGAAGAACUGUUUCAUUAAAGGAGAGGGGCGAAUCAUAAUUUCCAACCUAAUCAGCAUUUGGCUAAGAUAAAGUCCUGCUACAAGUAUGGCUUCAAGGAAGAAAAAAGACUACACGAAGGUGUUGUCAAUUACAGAGUGUAAUAUCUGCCAUUUUGAGUUAUACGAACCUCGUCGGAUAGAGUGUGGACACGUCUUCUGCCUCCAUUGUCUAAGUCAACACGUAAGUUGUUCGUCUUCUUGUCCAACUUGCAAGCGACCUAUGAAACCAAAAUUAGGAAAGGUCGAAAACUACCCUGUUGCUAUGGAAAUAGUACACCUGCUGCAGUCUCUUCAAAAGGUUGCAAGUUGCGGCCAUAUAGCAGAUGAAGAAAGUAGUACAAAAGAGGAUGGAAAAGGCGAGGAAGAUGCGUAUCAAUAUGAGGUAGUUGAUUCUGACCCAGAUCAGGAGGAGACUAAGACGUUACCUCAACACUCAAAGUCUGUCAUGUCGAACGAAGUGUGCGAUAUACAUGGACAAAGAGUAGUUUCUGUUUGUACCACUUGUGAUGAUGAACUUAUCUGCGCCAAAUGCAGCAUCCAUUCUUCCCACAAUAAACUGGAGAUAUCUAAACAUAAUAGGCAUCUCAAGCGACUUCUCGAAAAACAAAGAGCGGAUUUACUCCAACGGGAAAAAGGUGACGGAGCAGAAGAAAACCAGUUGCAGGAAAUGAUCGAAAAGCAAGUUGAACAAAGGGAAACCAUUAAAGACGAGAUAGAAGAAAUUGCCGAGGAAAUGUUUACACAAAUUCAUAUGAAAAAGGAAGAAAUGCUUCGACCUAUUGAGGAAAAAGCAGAUGAAUACGUCAGAAAACUUACAGAGUGGCAGGAGGAUAUCAAAGACAGGAUAUCUGAGUUCAGACACAUCAGCAAUAGGAUUGGAAAACUUUCACAUGAUGACACACCAGACUACAGCAGAAAAGCAAAAAGAUUGGUUAAACAAGCAAACAUUGCACUCCAGAUAGAAAACAAACCUGUACCACGUUACCAGAAUAUUGAGUUCACCAAGAAUGACAAAGUCCUAGAAGAUAUGUCAGAACUUCAGUUAGGUGAUGUAAAGAUAGAUGAAGUAUCAAUAGCGCAGGACGAGAAGAGUACAGCGUCCGAUUUCAUUUAUGAUCAAGAGGAUCAGUACAUGCCUUUUGAAAUGACACCAUUAGCUGCUGCCAAACCUAAAGAGGAAAAAGUUGCAAAUCCAAAUGCCAAAAAAGAAGAAGAUCCUUAUUACAGGCCGCCUCAUUGUACUCGCCCACCACUUCCUCCAAAACCUCAAUAUCAAAAUACCUCACAGGAAAAUAAAGAAGACAUAAUCUACUAUAACCUGAAUGAAAACACAUACGAAGAUGCAUGUACUACAAGAAAGCAAAGCUGUGAUACGGAGCCACCCGAAGAGAAAGACGAGAUUCAGGAUGGUCAUUAUAAUCCACCUCCCCUAUCUCCGUUUUCAGGAACUUUUCGAAAAUCUGUCUCAAUAGCAAUCGACAUCCCCGCAUUUCCACAGAGAUUGCUUCACCGUGUAUUUCUCCCCUUUCGACCUUCGGGGUUCACGGUUGUCCGAGGUUCUGUAGAAAACUACUUUACAUUUGUCACCGAAAAUUCCAAUGUGAAAAUGUUUAGACAGACUGGAGACUUCUAUAGGACAAUCACAGAUCUCGUCCAGCCGUUUGAUGUUGCAAGCCAACAACACGGAGAGUCAUCGACGCCAUUGUACAUAACAGAUGAAGGACGAAGGACAGGAGAUGGAAGUAUCAGAGUGUAUACCUCCGAGGGAGAAUUCCAGAAAAUGUUGGUUGGAAAGCUCAAGAAACCACAAGGAAUUUCCAUAUCACGAGUGGGACUCGUUUACGUAUGUGACGAAGCAAAUAUCCUUGUGUUUUGUCCAAAAACGGGGAAAAGGAAGAGGAUCAUUUCUACCAUCGGGAAAAAUCCAAUUUUUAAACACCCUUUGUAUGUGAUGGUGAGCGCCACUGGGAAGAUUCUAGUCUCCGAUGUGGGCACCAGGGAGCUCAAAAUUCAUGACGAAACCCGAAAGUACACCGAUAAAUUCAAACCAGAUGAGGACGAAGGGGAGCUUUACACAAGCUUUACUCCUGCAAUGUGCGCCGAGGAUUCCUCUUCGAAUUACUACGUCAUCGACCAGGAGAGAAACAUACUAUAUAUAUUGCGCGGUGGGGGGAGGUCAGAGAAGCUGGUGCUACCACAAAAACCUCAGGGGCACGAUGGAAUACCAACAGCUGUUUCCUUUGCCAACGAUACGGGCAACAUUGUCGUGUUUUAGAUAAACGGAAACAGGGUAAUGUUUUGAUAAAACAAACUUAUUGCUGUACACACUCAAACAACGCAACACUACGUUAAUCAACAUUAUACCACAACGUCGAUCGUUAAUUGACCUUUAUGUAGUCCUGCUUUGUUAUCAACCAAACACUUGUUGGAUGAACUAGAUAAAAGAGUUCAGAAUCGCCUGAACUUGAUCAACAUAAAAACCACCCUAAAUUUGCCAAUGGCGUAAAAAUCCUAAAUGGACAAUUAAUACCAUUCUGAACUCUUUUCUACGCUAAAUUAAAGACGCUUUGGGUGCCCAAUGAGGAUACACACGAUAUUGUGGAGCAGUUCUACAACUACCACCAUUUCUACUUUGAGUAACUAAGGGUAUUUUAUUUUACAACGGACUCACCAACACCCUAUUUAAAAAAUGAAAUAUCUAAAACAUGUAGGUGAUCAAAUCGAUAUCCACGUAGUACAUAGGGAACAAGUACACCUGGAAUUUAAACAUGUUGCUUAAAAUUAUUUAUUCUAUUUACCCUUUAACUUGGAGUUUAGUUUUUUCUA